ACCAUUUUGGUUUCACUUUCCAUUUAAGUAUCCUAUCUAUCAUUGAUAAAGCAAGUGGUAGCAACAUUCACUUUCAAUUUACGAAGCAUAAAAUCAGUUCUGACAGCUUUUUUCCCCCUAUAGUUGGGGACUUUUCAAAAGAUUAACUUAAGGGAACAAGUCACUAGCUAACAACUAACUCUAGUAUUUUAAUAUGGGAAGCGUGAACUAAUACCCUCAGCACCAAAAUCAAAGUAAAUGUUUUUUAGGUAAAACAGUUAGUUAAAAUCAUACUUUCAUUUCUACAACUCUAUUUAAAAAACACAGCACAUACUAUGGAUAUAUCUGCAACAGAAAAUAAGAAUCUUCCUGCUACUGAGAAUGAGACUGCAAUAUCUCCACAAUUACAAUCUAUGUGUAACAGCAGACAUACAGAGAGCUCCUUUACAGAAGAAGUGAUUUGGAAGCUACCCGGGAAGCUCAGAAUUCACCCAUCACUGUGGAGUAAAGAUGAUGUAAUUCAUUGGCUUAGAUGGGCUGAGGAAGAGUAUUCUUUAAGGAGAACAGAUGACAGGAAGUUUGUAUUGAAUGGUAGAGGUCUCUGCCUUCUUACCAAGGAUGACUUCAAAAGCCGUUCUCAAAGCUCAGGUGAUGUUUUGUAUGAAUUGCUUAAGUACAUAAGGACACACAGAGAGGCGUUAAUCACUCAUCCUUUUUUCAGUCAGGCUAAACGAAAUAUGCAAAGUCUUCAAAACAUUGUCUACAACAAAAAGGCAAAGCUAAAAGCUGCAAAUUGCACACAGAGUUUGCUUCCUAUAGCCAUGGACUCUCAAGAAGAAAUACCUCUUAAUCUGUCUUUUAAUCUUCAAAAUGCACCAAAAGGAGAUAUUUUUAACAGAACAUUUAACAUAAAUAAAGCUUAUAUGGUUGAAGAUAUCACAGAUUGUAGAUUACUCUUGGAUUAUCUCUACCAACUGCUUUCUGAGAAAAGCUAUGAAUCUUAUAUUAAGUGGGAAGACAAAGAAGCUAAGAUCUUUCGUGUAGUAGAUCCUGAUAAACUUGCUGUGUUAUGGGGAAUUCAUAAGAACUGUCCUAAAAUGAAUUACGAGAAAAUGUCAAGAGUCUUACAACAGUACUCCAACAUAAAUCUUCUAAAGAAAGAACCUGGGCAGAAGGUAUUAUUUAGGUUUCUCAAAGCACCAGAAGAAUUUCUAAAAUCAAAAUCAGAAAAUCUUUCACAAACCAAAUGUGGACACCUUGAUUCUAAUUUAAAAAAGUUUGAGCAGCCACAUAUACUUCUCAAUUAAGAAGCUCUCUUUCUAUGAAUAACAUUAUCAAAGUAAAAAGAAAUUUUGUGUUGAUAAAACUAUUGGACGUGUGACCUAUGUUCUAUUUCAAAAGAACAUUUUUUUUAAGAGAUAAAGCGUUUUUUCCCUA